AUGCACAUAAAAGAAGAAGUAAAGCAGACGCUAAUACACAACGACAGCAUCUUGCUAGUGUGCAAAAACACGGUUCUAGUCCACGCCCUGGAAACAGGCAAGCACAUAAACACGCUGGAAAACAAGCACAGCAAAUACCAUCCAUACAACAACAGAAUAUACACGAUAGAGAACAGAAGCAUAUGCGAGUAUAGCCCAGAAGAGAACAAAGAAGCAAAAAUAUGCGAUCUUGAAAAUGUAUUUGCAAAAUGCGAAAACAUCGCACCUGAAAUCGUGAUUUUAGGAAAAUAUGCAUCUGAUCUUUCCAGGCUGCGGAGCCACGCACUCGAGCACCCGAAAGCAGGAGUCACAUACGCCCACAUAAGCAGCACGCACGUGCACUUUUAUGCCGUGAAAGAGAGCAGUUUGCACAUUCUCCACGCGCACAGAUACAGUGGAGAAAGUGGAGAAAACGAGGGAAAAAGCACUUUCUGCCCUAUUCCAUUCGCUCUCUACAAAUGGCACAAAGACACGCUGUAUACACUGCACGGGAGUACUCUUCAUGCACACGACGUGCUUGCAGGAGAGUCGAAAAAGGUCGCAGAGUUUCCGGGCGCAGAAAUCACAGCCCUGGAGGUCACGAGUGCUUUUGUCGCGGCAGGCACGAAGUGCAGCCAAAUCAUGAUCCUGAACCUGGCCUCGUCUUUCCUCCAGAAGGUAGCGUAUUAUUCUUCCCCUCUUUUCUCCUUGGACGCCCUCACAGAGAGCAUAAUCGCGUCAAAGGGAGAAGACGGAAAGAUCAUAACCGUCGACUGCAACUCCCUUCUGAAAACGUACAUCUACACGGACCAGACGAAAGUCCGGGACCGAUUCACCCCGCACGAAGAAGGCACACAGAGUACAGUUUCCCCGAAUGGAUACAUAGUCCUGGACAGAAGAGCAAGCAUUCGGGUUAUUAACAUUCCCACGCGCACAAAGUACACCCUCUACAAGACACACGGGGCAAAGUGCAUCCCCGUGGAGGCUGUGCGCAGCGAUGAAGAGUCCAGGUUUGUCCCCACCUUCAGCGAGGCCAACAAAAAGCGCGAUAUAUGGCUCGAUGCGAAGGAGGAAAAAGAGGAGGGCAGCACUUUCGCAUAUUGCAUGGAUAAUGUGCUCGUGUUUGUGCGAAAUGAGAAAGUGCUCCGGAUCGUGGAGGAGCCCAGCAGGAUACAGCAGGUUCUCUACUCGAACGGACACUUGCUCGUCUCGGUCGUUGACUCGGAGGAGAUGGAGGUGAUUCGCGAGUACUCGGUCGAGCAGAAGCCAAGAAUGCGCCAUAAAAUGUACAAGAUCCUGCCGAAUGGCGUGGAGAGAGUGUACAGCGGACUCGUAGAAGCAGAAGGAGACAUAACGGGAGUGCACGUGGGGGAUACGACCGUUCUGACCCUGCAGGCAGCAGAAGAAGUGCGCACGCAGGAGCACAUAUACCCAAUGGGAGAGAUAGUAUACUGA